UCAAGAAGAAGAAGAAGAAGCAAUAGUGGGUUUUGGGAAAACAUCCAGCAUGGGCGCUCGACUCGCGCGGAUUUUCCGAAACUUUAACGUGGAGGACCGCGCGCUGCGAGAGAUCUCCAAAAAGAAGCCGAGGUCAGCACCCCGGCACGCGACCACAGCGACGCCGUCCGCCGUUAGCUCUGAGGUCGAGGAGUUGGUGAUGAAGAAGAACGAGUCGUUGUUGGAACAUCUCAGGGCUGUGUAUGUAGAGUCCACGGAUCCAACAGCAGCUCCAGAGUUUUCGGGGGAUGCAUCUGCAGGUAAAGAAGCCGACCGGAGGCCCCUCAGAGUCAGUUUACCAGGAAGCGUGUUCAGCCUGCCUGAGCUCACAGAUGUUCCUAAAGGGAAGCUGACCCUUACCGAAGCUCUCACGGCUCUCGGCAGCCACCAGCACCAGCCCCGGACCUGGUCGGCGGAAAAGAUUGCUCAGGAAUAUUGCCUGGAAUUAAAAGACACAAAAUCUGUGGUUGAAUUCUUUGUCCCUUUCAAGGUUGAGGUCAUCCCUCCAAAGAGUAGAACUGCCAAGCAAAUAAAGGCUUCCUAAGAAUGGAGUCAGGAGGAAUGGAGAAGCUUUUACCUCACUUAUUUAUGUUCUGUAAUGUUAGAGUGGGAAAGGAUGUAGCUUUCCCAUGAUUUAAGUGAUGUUAUAUGGAACAAUAAAGCAUUUUUAAUAUGAAUAGAUGAAACAAAAACCCCCAGAUAUUUUCACAGUGAUCUGAUUUAAAAAAAAGUCCAUGAAGACGACAAUCUCUUCUCCAGUUGGUUGUUCAGGGCUCCCCUGUUGUGCAAAGUAGAGAUGCACAAAACAAAGUGUAUUUUUUUUGUCUGUUUGUUUUACAGUGAAGAUCUACAGAUUUUAAUUUCUAUUUACGAAUCAUAAAUGACAAAGUACCUUGUACUGUUUGUGCAUUUACUUUUAAAUUUAACUCAAAAGAAGUAGAAUUAUUUUCCAAAUGACAAAAAUUGUUAUUGAUCCAAAGUUAUGCUGAUGAUUGAAUGAGUAGAACUAUUAUUUUAUUUUAUUUAUUUCUUUUUGUUGUUUAGGGCCUCCUCCUGUUCAGGUCACCCUGCUGCUGUGGUUGAACUGCACCAAUACUCUCAGUUCUCCUACUACCCUCUAUAAAGUGUGUACUCAAUCAAAGGGAACAUAAGUGUUCAAGUGUGCAGAUUACUAGUGUUCAAAAAUUUGAGAAUUGGGACAGUAACUUUGACAUCCAAAAUGGUGGGACUGUUCUCUGUUUUGGCACUUGGACUGCUAAAAUAGACAACUACAAGAAAAACAUUGAUUCUAAAUGUACAGUAUUUUUGCUUUCCAGCAUCAUUGCUAGAUGUUUAGCUGUUUGUUACGGUCCGUCCAGUAAACCACAGGGACAAAGGCAUAAAAAGAAUAAAUUCUAUUUAUUUUCCUAUUAUUUCUUC